AUGCGCGUCUUCACACAAGCUACUGUUUCUGAUGUAUGCCAAAUCUCGAGGUUUCUCUCCUGUCCUCAGAUCACCUCUCUUAAGUCUUGUCCACCGGUCGAUGUCCUUGUCCUCUGUAUGAAUGCCAUUUUACCAAUCGUGGAAGAGGUCUUUUCAGCGAUUGAAUCCAGACCCAAUUUGACAAAGACCCUGGUUCUGUCUGGGGGUAUUGGUCACUCGACUCCAUAUCUCUACGAAGCUAUCCGCAAAAGCAAGUACUCAAGCAUUUUCCCUAAGAUAAUUGGUCUUCCAGAAGCGCAAGUGAUCGUGCACAUGAUCAAAGAUUUCUACCCACGUCUUAGCGAGUUGUUCGAAUCGAACGCUGUUAAUCUUAUCGUUGAAGACAAAUCUACCAAUUGUGGCUCAAAUGCCAUUGAAACAAGGCGCGUGCUUGAGCUUGCGAAUGUUCCUUCACGCUCUUUCAUCAUCGUCCAGGAUCCUACCAUGUCAAUACGUACUGUCGCUUCCUUUAAGCAUGCGUACGCCGAGUCUAUAUUGCCUGUUUUGUUCUCUGGCUGCCCAACCUUCAUACCUAUUCUCGCAAUCGAGGAGUCCAGCCAGAGUGUACUAUUCAGUGUACCAGGUAUUAAUUCCUUGGAUCUGUGGGAUGUUCCCCGUUUUCUUGAUCUUCUCAUGGGCGAGAUCCCGCGUUUAAGAGAUGAUAAAAAUGGCUACGGCCCCAACGGGAAGAACUUCAUUUCACACGUGGACAUUCCGGACCAAGUGGAAGGUGCUUGGUCGAGAUUGAAGGAUGUCCUGAGUACAUCCAGGUAA